CGCUCAUGCCUGUGGCGGGGGUCUUCCGUGGGAGCAUGUUUCUGCGAACUGCUUGGAGGCGGGCGGCCGCGGCCUGGCCCACCACUCCCGGGCGGAGGCCUGCGGAGCCCACUCGGGGGCUGCGCCUGCGCGGUGCAGACCCUGCACCCCAGCCUGCUGAUCCCUCAGAUUCAUCAGAUACAGUCAAUGGCCGGCAGGAGUCGAUGCUUCGACCUCUGUAUAUGGAUGUGCAAGCCACAACUCCUCUGGAUCCCCGAGUGCUUGACGCCAUGCUUCCUUACCUAGUCAACUACUAUGGGAACCCACACUCCAGAACACACGCUUAUGGAUGGGAGAGUGAGGCAGCCACUGAACGUGCUCGAAAGCAAGUAGCAUCUCUGAUUGGGGCUGACCCUCGUGAGAUCAUUUUCACUAGUGGUGCUACUGAAUCCAACAACAUAGCAAUUAAGGGGGUAGCCAGGUUCUAUAAGUCACGGAAAAAGCACUUGAUCACCACCCAGACUGAACACAAAUGUGUCUUGGAUUCUUGCCGUUCACUGGAAGCAGAGGGCUUUCAGGUCACCUACCUCCCAGUAAAGAAGAGUGGAAUCAUCGACCUGAAGGCACUAGAGGCGGCUAUCCAGCCAGAUACCAGCUUGGUCUCAGUCAUGACUGUGAACAAUGAAAUUGGAGUAAAGCAGCCCAUUGGGGAAAUAGGACGGAUUUGCAGUUCCAGAAAGGUAUAUUUCCAUACUGAUGCAGCACAGGCUGUUGGAAAAAUUCCACUGGAUGUCAACAACAUGAAAAUUGAUCUCAUGAGUAUCAGUGGUCACAAAAUCUAUGGUCCCAAAGGGGUUGGUGCCAUCUACAUUCGUCGUAGACCCCGUGUACGUGUGGAAGCCCUACAGAGUGGAGGGGGGCAGGAGCGUGGUAUGCGGUCUGGCACAGUGCCCACACCCCUGGUGGUAGGGCUGGGGACGGCUUGUGAGGUGGCACAGCAAGAGAUGGAGUAUGAUCACAAACGGAUUUCAAAGUUAGCAGAGCGGCUUACACAGAAGAUAAUGAAGAGCCUUCCAGAUGUGGUGAUGAAUGGUGACCCUGAGCACCAUUACCCAGGCUGUAUCAACCUCUCCUUUGCAUAUGUAGAAGGGGAGAGCCUGCUGAUGGCACUCAAGGAUGUUGCCUUAUCCUCAGGGAGUGCCUGUACCUCUGCAUCCCUGGAGCCCUCUUAUGUCCUUCGCGCAAUUGGCACCGAUGAGGAUUUAGCUCACUCUUCUAUCAGAUUUGGCAUUGGUCGCUUCACUACAGAGGAAGAAGUGGACUACACAGCAGAAAAGUGCAUUCAGCAUGUGAAACGUCUUCGAGAAAUGAGCCCUCUCUGGGAGAUGGUGCAGGAUGGUAUCGACCUCAAGAGUAUCAAAUGGACCCAACACUAGAAGAAUGAAUCCUUCCUGCCUUUUUAACCUAUGUACAACUUGGCACCUUUUCAUAUCCAGUGGAUGCUCCAUGUUCACACCAGAAAUUGCAAUAGUUCAGUUGACUUCAGCAUCAGUCCACUUACAAGAUGGAAACACAAGAAAACUAUCUUUCCCCAUCCUUAGUUCCUUAUAGUGAGGAAUACUCUCCGUAACUCUCCAGGUCCAGGAGUCCUUUUCUGGUCUUAUAGUGUGCGAACGCUCCCAGCAUAAAGCAAGAGAGACAUUUCACAUUAUAUCAUUUGUGGACAUACUUGUUCUUGGUUGGGAAAACCGGAUGAAUCAGGAUGAAGACUUUUUUUGAUGUUUGAUGUGGACAUUUGACUUGUCACUUACUGCUGCUCAUUGAGACUGACUCCUUUAAGAACAAGCUUAGUGAACUAUGAUUUAAUCCUUCUUUUGUGGUUCUGAAAACCAUCUCUUCAUGUCAGCUGUUGACAAACAGCAAUUUUCUUAGGAGGCUUGUCUCUUUGUUCUUUUAGUUUUUCUUUAGACCUAACAGAGGAAGACAUGUCUAUAUGACUCCAUCUAUUACUCUUUUUUUUUUUUUUUCCCCUUUUGUUGCCCUUGUUGUAGCUUCGUUGUGGUUAUUAUUAUUGCCCUUGUUGACGCAAUUCGUUGUUGGAUAGGACAGAGAGAAAUGGAGAGAGGAGGGGAAGACAGAGAAGGGGAGAAAGAUAGACACCUGCAGACCUGCUUCACCGCCUGUGAAGCAACUCCCCUGCAGGUGGGGAGCCGGGGGCUCGAACUGGGAUCCUUACGCCGGUCCCUGCGCUUUGCGCCACAUGCGCUUAACCCACUGCGCCACCGCCCGUCCCCCUCCAUCUAUUACUCUUAUAAUUUAUAUUUCUUUUUAAAUAUUUGUUAAUUUACAGAUUAAAGAAGUAAAAUCA